AGAGACUUUCUGGGAGAAUGAGAGAGAGAGAGAGGGGGAGAGAGAGAGAGAGAGAGACCCCUCCUCCAUAUGACAUCAGUGCUCUAUUGAAGCACAGCUAGAGGCAAACACAAGUCCACAUUUGUAUUGAGGUCUGCCCGUGCGCGCACGUCCCUGCACAGCCUACAGAUUGUGAAUGUGUGUGCGUGUGUGUGAGAGAGAAAGAGAGGUGGCAGCAGCAGCAGCAAACUGAGCAGUGCUGCAAAAGAUAAACUCACAACUAGUUUCAGUCCAGUGUCAGUGGAGCUUCUUUUGGAUGUGAAUCUUUAAAACUCACAACCUGGAGUGGAUUAUUAUCGGUAUUUUUCUCUCUGCUGUGAACCCCGCGUUAUAAGGAUACCUGUUACUUUGCUUUUUGGUUGGUUUGGAGAACACAGUUCCAGGUGUUUGGAGGGUGCAGCAUGAGCUGGGCUGCAGAUGCAUAAAGGAGGUUGGGUCCAGAAGGAUAACAACCUUGCCCAUGUUUGCCCCAUAGAGAAAAAGAAUUGGUCACCUGCCGCAGGAAAAAAGACCAAAGGCUGGGAUUAAUGUGUGUACAGGCUCAACAAGGGAGCAGAGGAUUCUGGGUUGCUCGUCGACCUGGAGUACACAAGUGAACAAGCCUGGAUAGAGCUUGUAGCGCAGGGGAUCGGCAUGGCUCAGACCAGCUUUGUGUCACCUCAUCAUGCCUGUCGGGCCUGAAUGCAGAAAGGAGCCUCUGCUACAGCUCACCCCGUAUUACCAACGGAUCACUUUACAACAGCCAGUAGAUUUUACCUGUGGUUAUGGCUGGUGAGCUGGUCUGUUUCCACGCCCAUUAGGAUUUUUAAUAUUACCUGAGAGGGGCAUGCUUUGUCAGAACGUAGGGAUGCUUUUUCUACAGGCUUAUCUGCCAUGGUAAAGGCAUUGAGAGCAUGAGCCUCUGACAACACUGAGGAGGUCAUCGUGCAAACAAGGAUCGGCUUAGCAAACACUGACCAGGUCAGGACACCACGAGAAACCCCUUGAACAAAAAAACUUUUCCUUUCAAGGAGGAUAAGAACAAAUUCAAGAGGAAAUCUUGAUUGGAUUUUUUGUUGGCGGGAAAGGAUUUACCACGUCACAUAAAUCAGGGGCUUGUGUGAUUUGACUGCCAGACGACAAAGCUUCAAGAUGUAUCAACGCAAGGCUUUAAUACUCUUCCUCAUCAGGAUGGGACUGAUGCUCGGUCUUUGUAACCCCCUGGUGACCUCGGAAUCAUGUCCCUCAGCCUGCCGCUGUGACGGGACCUUCAUCUACUGUAAUGACCGUGGCCUGACUUCCAUUCCCAAAGGUAUACCCCAGGAUGCUACAGUGCUCUUCCUGCAAAACAAUCGCAUUAAAAGUUCGGGGAUACCAACAGAGCUUCGAAAGCUUAUAUAUGUGGAGAAGAUCUACCUUUAUUGUAACAAUCUGGAUGAGUUCCCUAAUAAUCUUCCUCUUGGCUUAAAAGAGCUCCACCUACAGGAGAACAACAUUCGGAUGAUUACCCAUGCUUCUUUAGCCCAGAUUCCUUACAUUGAGGAGCUGCAUUUGGAUGAUAACUCAGUAUCUGCCGUCAGUAUAGAGGAGGGGGCUUUCAGAGACAGCAAUCACCUCAGACUUCUUUUCCUCUCAAGAAACCAUCUAAGUGCUAUCCCUUCAGGCCUACCUAUGAGCAUUGAGGAGCUGCGCUUUGAUGACAACCGCAUCUCCUCCAUCUCAGAGCAGUCACUACAAGAUCUCAUCAACCUGAAGCGACUAAUCCUGGAUGGUAACCUUCUCAACAACCGUGGGAUUGGGGAGAUGGCUUUCAUCAACCUGAUCAAUCUGACCGAGCUCUCACUAGUGAGGAACUCUCUGACAUCGCCACCGGCCAAUCUGCCUGGCACCAGUUUGGAGAAGCUGCACCUACAAGAUAAUCAUAUCAACCGUAUACCACCAGGGGCGUUUGCCUUCCUGAGACAGUUGUACCGUCUGGACCUGUCCGGUAACAACCUGAGCAGCCUGCCACAUGGUGUGUUUGAAGAUCUGGACAAUCUCACACAGCUCCUGCUACGCAGCAAUCCCUGGCAAUGCACCUGCAGGAUGAAAUGGGUGCGUGAUUGGCUGCGGUCGCUGCCAUCUAAGGUGAACGUGCGUGGUUUCAUGUGCCAGGGUCCUGAUAAGGUCAAAGGUAUGGCAAUUAAGGACCUAACUACGGACAUGUUUGACUGCACAGAUUCAGAGUUCGAUUCCAUGCAUGAAACAAGCACAGUCUCCAACACUUUACGCCCGUCUCAGCCUCAGUGGCCGUCAUUUGUAACUAGGAGGCCCAUAGUAAAGGGAGCCGACAUCAGCAAGAACUACCACAGUACUACCACGUCUUCAGGCAGAAAAAUUAUCACCAUCAGUGUGAAGGCAAGUACUGCUGAUUCGAUACACAUAUCAUGGAGGGUGUCACAACCCAUGACUGCAUUACGGCUGAGCUGGUUGAAGUUAGGACACAGCCCCGCCUUUGGUUCCAUCACUGAAACCAUUGUGCAGGGAGAGAGGACGGAGUACCUGCUCAAUGCCCUGGAGCCAGAGUCUUCUUAUAGGAUAUGCAUGGUUCCCAUGGAGACCAGUAACAUUUACCUGUCGGAUGAGACCCCUGUUUGCAUUGAGACAGCGACCAUUUCCCACAAGUCGUACCACCCCACAACAACUUUAAACAGAGAGCAGGAGAAAGAGCCUUACAAAAAUUCCAAUCUGCCUUUGGCUGCUAUUAUUGGAGGGGCAGUGGCUCUGUUGGCAAUAAUCAUGUUGGCACUGGUCUGCUGGUAUAUUCACAGGAAUGGGUCACUUUUUUCCAGGAACUGCACCUACAACAAAGGCCGGCGGAGAAAGGACGACUACGCUGAGGCUGGCACUAAGAAGGACAACUCCAUCCUAGAAAUAAGAGAGACAUCUUUUCAAAUGAUACCUAUAAAUCACCUGCCUGUGUCCAAGGAGGAGUUUAUGAUACACACAAUUUUCCCACCUAAUGGCCUGAGUUUGUACAAAAGCCCACACACCGAAAACAGUAUUAACAACAGGAGCUUCAGAGACAGUGGAAUACCAGAUUCGGAUCAUUCUCAUUCAUGAUAUUGCGCACAGACACUCAUGAUGCGUGCGUGACUUAGAGUGACUUAAACAAACACUGGAAGUAUGAACUGAGGAGAGCAACGUUCUGUACAUUUGCCAUAUAAUUUAUAUUUAAGGUCAUUUUAUGAAGAUGGAGAAUGUUCCAGUUGCAGGCCAUCACCGAACCAUGGUUGGUAUGGUAACUACCUGCAAUUCUAUAUUUUAGAGAUUUGUAGUAAUUUGUACUGUAUUUCCUUUGCUUAAGGUUGUCAACCUCCUAAAAGAAACUUGUGUUCUACUGAGACAUGAUGACUUGUCAACUGUGAAAGUGGGUUUUCAUUGCUGUGUUGAACAAUCAGACUUUAGAAAACCUUUUAGUAUAAGCACAGGCCAUUCUUUUAACUUUGUGGCUGUCUGAAAACAAAAAGGCAAAAAAAUGAAGUGAGGAUUUGAGGCACAGCUGAGCAGCUGAUUCGCAAGCAGCCAUGCUGCCCUCGGAAAAGAAGGAGCAGUCUGCAAACUGUGGACCUGGAGGCUUGUUUAAAAAUUCACUCGGUAAUGAGAAUGAAUAAGUAAAAAUGAGGUGCCAUGCUUUAUUUCUCAGCUCUGUUAAGUGUGUUUUUUUGUGUUUGUAAGCAGAAACACAGUAAAGCAAACAAAUGAGGGUUCCAGGUUUUCUGGGAGGACUGUCGGCCACAGCACAGGGCAAAUAAAGCACAGCAAUCUUAGGGAGUGUUGUGCUCCUCAUAACAAGUAGACUGGACAGGCUGACAUGGAGGACCCCCACUAUCUCUAUUUGUACAAGGCAACAAUGGUUGAACUACAAUGGCAGCAUUCUCUAGUACCAUGUACCAUUCGUCAUUCUAGUCACCAGGCCAAAAAGAAAGAACGUGUUGGAUUUCAUCAGAUUUACCACGGUGUCAGGAGCUCCUUGUUAUGAGUGUUAUUUUGUAUUAUUUUUUCAAAGGAACACACUUUUACGUUGCCACAAUUUGAAGUUAACUGUUAUUUACAAUUGAGAACCAAAGUGCAUUGUAUGCCCUUUGGCCAGUCUUGUAUGUGCCUUGAUCCAAUGCUUAUUGUAUUUAGCUUUUUAAGAAACCAGUGACUUUUUUUCAUACACACUUGAAUAUGAAAAAUAUUGGUCAUAUUACAAAAUAAAAGUGGAUAAAAAUAUCUUUGCUCUUUUUUGCCCAGAGUACAAAAGGCUCCGCUCCAAAAUUGUACUUGUGUUCUAAGUACUGUGCCCAGAUCUUUUCUUGUUACCAAAGAGAUUUCAAUUUUGGUUUGAAUGUGAAACUGCCCUGGAGGGGAACCAAGGAACUGCAGGCACAACGUUUUAUUCAUUCAUAUCUUAAAUUACUUGCUAGACACACAAUCUAAAAAUGCUCGGAGGUGCAAACACAGUCAAACACUGCAUUUUUAAUCUUCACACAGAUGUGAACUGUGAGGUUUGAGCUUGUGGCCUUAAAACCACAUCUCCCCCCUUUAAGACCCAGUUAACCCUUGAACAAUAACAGAGACUUCUGAAACCCAGUUUUUCCACUCCAUGGGCAGUCCGCACACCAACAUCUGCUUCAGGCUGCUGUUGUUCCUAGCGCUGUGGAGCCAUGUGUGACUUAUCCUAUUGACCAUAGAGCAGAAUAUCACAGUAGAGUGGAACUAGGGCUGUGGAGAAAUUGGACUCCUGGGUUUGAUGAACCUCCCGGGUACUGGGGCAACGGAAAACUAAUGACGAGCCACCAUAUGGAGGGUGGGACAGGCGGCCCCUGCUGGGGAUGGCCGUCCCUGCAGAGGACAGAGUAUAUAUACACUGCUCGGGGCGUAAGGCAGCACACUUAAUGACAUGAUUUUAGUUCACUCAGGCAAGGGCUCAGGAAAAGGUACAAAUGCACAAGUUGUAAAAGAGCCGGUUAUUCGGCUUUCUAGCCAGUAGAAAGAGCUGUAAUGCUUUUCAGAUGGUAAUGCGGUAGAGCAGAUGCACUGUCUCAAUGCAAAAGCACAUAAGUACUCAGAACGUAUCAGGGAAACUUGUGUGUACUCACUUACACACCCACACACUCUUUACACAGGAAAAGCAUUAAUUACAGCAAGGGAAGCCGCUAAAAGCUGCACAAGUGAUCCAAACCUUAACUACACACUAACCCUGCCCUGGAAACUAAAAAUACGUCACAUUAACUUAGAAUCAAAGUAAACAGCGUCUACUUUUAGAAUAUAAAACAGUAAUAGUUUCCAUGUGAACACUAAAAAAAGGAGUUAAAACGUAAGUCCUUUCUUAUUUAUUACGAAAGGAAAACGAAAGAAAACAGCAAACGGCACAAGACACAAAGAUGAAACCAUUUCUUUUUUGUUGCACUGAUGUAAGAAGGCAAAUGUUGACAAGGUAUUUCAGAGAAGACUUUUUAAAUAAACCAAGCAAAUAAUGUGAUGUGAGGUUUAUUUUAGGUUAAUGAAGCCAAACAAAACGUUUUUGGCAUCUUUCUCCACUGAAAGAUUUUACAGUCAUUUAAAGAUAAGGAUAGGGAGAACAUGUGUGUGUGUGUGUCUAUUUUUGUUCAUCAGUUCAUUUUGAUUGAAGUAUUAUCUUAAUUGCUCUGCACGCUUUACUUUCUUAACUGCUAUUUUAGUCUUCACCCUAACAAAUAAUUUUUUUUCUACUUUAUUCACCUUAGAAAUAAAAAAUGACACACCAUGAGGAUAGAUUCUAUUAUUUUUUAUUUUUUGUUUAUGUUAUUUAAUAUAUUUAUUAUUAUUUGCUGAGUGUUCAACAGUUUACAUUUUAUCAAUAGGUUAUAGAACACGGCACAUGUAUUAGACUUUAAAAAUUAUGAAAGGUAAAUAUUAAUAUUUGGCAAGAAAAAAAACGUUCAUCUAGAAUAAAAUAAAAAAUGUAUUUAUACAUAUAUAUAAUUAUAAUAAACUGACAUCUCAUCUUUGAUUAUAAAUGAGGCGUGAUUUCACUGCAAAUGUGAAAUUGGUGUAAAAAUAGAAAAAUAAUCAAUACGUUUUUAAUUGAAAGAAUUACACGUCUGCUUCAAAGUCAGGUGGGGGGCUUUAUACCUGUGACCUGCUGUAGGAGCAGUAAACCCUUUAUAAAUCUGGGUAGUUCU